UGUUGAAAUUAUCAGUAAUCAGAUGGUAUAAGAGCGCCGAGAAAAAUGUUCUACCAGCACUCUCGGCUCAGCAACAUCAUGUUUCGUGCCGUGUUACUAGCUGUCUGCGUGUCCCUGGCCUGGUCGGACACGCCGGCCAACUGCCUGUACGAGGACAUCCGCGGCACAUGGACCUUCCAGGAGACGGAGCGGUCGGGCGACAGCAGCCUCAGCUGCGACGAACUCGGCCCCGUCGUCCACACCAAGACCUUCACCCUCAGCUUCCCCGACACCGCCAUGGAUGAGCUCGGGAACGAAGGCACCUGGACCAUGAUCUGGAACCAAGGUUUUGAGGUUAACAUCAACGAAAGGUCGUACUUCGCCUUCUCCUACUACGAGGGUGACUUUAUCUCGUCUACCUCCUACUGCGACCGCACCUUUAACGGCUGGUCACGUGACAAGACCGUCAGGAACUGGUCUUGCUUCAGCGCCCAGAAGAACACGAAGGUGCGACGGCCCCCUGUGUGCAAUCUCUAUUCGUCCUUUGUUUACUUCAUCAUAUGACCAGUAUUUAUUAUA